GCGAGUCCAUUUUGUGGCCCUGCCCGGGACUGGUGGUGGACGCGGGCCCUCCUGGCGGGGCCGCCUCCCUCUCCCGCCGCCCGACGUCGGCCACAGACGCUUCCUGGCGCACCCACGCCCCAGGCCCGGGCGCCCUGCUCCGGGACCCGGACCCCGCCGAGGACACCUGCGUGGGGGAGACAGAGGGGAGCGCGCUGCUUCCCACGGAUGUAAUGGAGCUGUUAGAAGAAGAUCUCACGUGCCCAAUUUGUUGCAGCCUGUUUGAUGAUCCUCGAGUUUUGCCUUGCUCACACAACUUUUGCAGAAAAUGUUUAGAAGGGAUCUUAGAGGGGAAUGUCCGGAAUUCCUUGUGGAGAGUGUCUCCUUUCAAGUGCCCCACUUGCCGGAAGGAAACUUCAGCCACGGGAGUCAAUAGCCUGCAGGUUAAUUACUCCCUGAAGGGUAUUGUGGAAAAGUAUAAUAAGAUCAAGAUAUCUCCCAAAAUGCCAGUGUGCAAAGAACACUUGGGGCAGCCUCUUAACAUUUUCUGCCUAACUGAUAUGCAGCUGAUCUGUGGGAUCUGUGCCACUCGGGGUGAACAUGCCAAGCAUGUGUUCUGUUCUAUUGAGGAAGCCUAUGCUCAGGAAAGGGACGCCUUCGAGUCCCUCUUCCAGAGCUUUGAGACCUGGCGUCGGGGAGAUGUUCUUUCUCGUCUGGAUACUUUGGAAACUAGCAAAAGGAAGUCUCUCCAGUUACUAACUAAAGAUUCAGAUAAAGUGAAGGACUUUUUUGAGAAUUUACAACACACACUGGAUCAAAAGAAGAAUGAAAUCCUGUCUGACUUUGAGACCAUGAAACUUGCAGUUAUGCAAGCCUAUGACCCAGAGAUCAACAAACUCAACACCAUCCUGCAGGAGCAGCGAAUGGCCUUUAACAUUGCAGAAGCUUUCAAAGAUGUCUCAGAACCCAUCAUUUUUCUGCAACAGAUGCAGGAGUUUAGGGAGAAAAUCAAAGUAAUCAAGGAAACUCCUUUACCUCCCUCUAAUUUGCCUACAAGCCCUGUAAUGAAGAACUUUGAUACGAGUCAGUGGGAAGACAUAAAACUAGUGGAUGUGGAUAAACUUUCUUUGCCUCAAGACACUGGCACUUUGAUCAUCAGGGUUCCCUGGAGCUUCUAUCAGUUCCUUGUGGUUUUGGUGCUGCUGAGCCUUCUCGUUUUCUUUGUGCCUACCACAUUCCUAGAAUGGUCUGUAUUUGAUGAAUUUGCAACUUGGAGAGACUGUCUUUCAGACUUCAGUUACUGCCUGACUAACUCGGCUGAUUUUGUGCAACAGUCAGGUUUUUACUGGGAACAGGUGACAAAUGAGUUUUCCAUUUUCAGUAGACAGUUCAGAAAUUUUAGUUUGGUGGUGCUGAACAAUGUUGCAGAAUUUGUGUGCAAAUAUAAACUAUUAUAAAAUCUG